AUGGCCAGAAUGCUGUCCUGCUCAGAAGAGGUCUUCUACAUGGCAGUCAACAUUGCCUCACACUCUACAAAUGACUGUUUUGGCCAGUUUGGUCUAAAUUUUUGGAACGAUGACAUGGAGGGCUUUUCAACCAGAUUAUCUGAACUGAAUGUGCCGCCUAUUCUACAUCAUGGCCAGCGUCAGUCGCAGGCCCUCGCCGUGGCCGUUUGGCUCGUAGAUAUCCCGUUAGAAGUGGGAACUGCAGAAGAAAGCACUCGCAACCGUGAGUCCAGGGUUUUGAUUCAGCCCUUUAUGCUCGACGUAGCUGACGAGUCUAGAUCACUCGGACGGCCUCUUACAGUCAAUUAG